GUUGAUAAUAAUCUUAAAUAAUCACAGUAUGACAAUAUAGAGAGUUGAUAAUUCGAAGCUUCCCUAUCGUCGUGCAUGUGCAUCAAAUUUCAACACAACAUAGAAAUUUCACGCCUCCGAUGGCAACCAAGAAUUCCCAAAUCUAUCACGAAAGACAAAAGUUACAGUUCUGUCUGCUGCACUCUCUCAACUCCCUCUUUCAGCAAAAAGACGCUUUCACUCGAGCAAAACUGAACGCAAUUUCCGAAAGACUCGCACUUGAAGACUCCGACACUGAAACGCGGACCCCACUAUCUGUCCUUUUCAAGCCUCAUCACAAUGUCUUGACUGGAAACUAUGAUAUAAAUGUUCUAAUUGCGGCUUUAGAAGAGAAGGGAAAGCGUGUGGUGUGGCAUGAUCGUAGAAAUGGUGCAUCUUCCAUUGAUCUCGAUGCAUCUGAGGAUGUUUUGAUGGGGAUUGUGAUCAAUGUUUCGGUGACAAGGUUUGCUGGGAUUUGGAGGAGUAGGCAUUGGAUUGCAUUGAGGAAGAUUGAAGGGGUUUGGUAUAAUUUGGAUAGUGACCUUGUUGCCCCUAAACCUUUCCUUGACACAGAAAAAGUGAGGGAGUUUUUGGAUUUUACAUUGGCACAUGGUGGGGAGGUUUUGAUUGUCAUGAAUGAGAAACAGUCUUGAAAAUUUGAAGUGAAUGUUUGUAAACUCUCAGUCGUUUGUGGUCAAAUUUUGUGUUCAUGUGUAUAGUACAAGAGUGAUUGAAUUUCAAUGGAGAAUGUAGCUUUAUUCAUCCUUGUGUCUCUGGUGAUUUUUCAUGACUUUGUUUUGUGAAUAAUGGUAAAAAUUGCUUCAGGAUUGGAGGAUGAUCUUAAUAGGAAAUAGUGUCUUGUUGUAAUACACUUAUAAAUGCAAGCUUCCUUGUGCCUUGGAUUUGCAGUGCUCCUUUGAA